UGCUCUGCCCUGCAAAUAUCCUUUCCCUCUCAGCCUUCUCUCUUUUUCUUUAUAUUUAUUUUUUACCAAUUUUUGCAGAAAAAGAGAGUACCUAUAUAAUUCAUCGUUAAACAACUUUUACUUCUGGCUAAUUUCAUCGUUCUUUCUGGUUUAAUCUUUGAUUUUGAGAGUUCUAAUCAUGGAGAUUAUCCUGGAGCUCUUUCUGACAGCUUUUAUUGCUCUUAUUUGUUCUUUCUUGAUAGCUAAGAUUGUUUCUUUGGCUAUGGGUGGUGGUGAUUCUGUUUCUGGGGUAGAGGAGAAAUCUAUGAUUGACGUUGAUGAUGAUAUUAUCAUGGAAGAGUUGGAGUUUGCAGAGAAAUUGAAAGUUCAGGGCUUGGAAAGUGAAAAGAAAGUCGAAUUUGCUAAGGAAAGUGCUGAUAAGGUUGAUGUUUUUGCAGCAGAAGAAGUUGGAGUUGAUCAGGGUUUUGAAAGUGAAAAGACAGUUGAAUGUGUCCAAGAGACUGCUGGCGAGGUUGAUGAAUUUAAAGCUGAGGCUGUGGAAAGAUUGAAAGUUCAGGGCUUUGAAAGUGAUAAGGAAGUUGAGCUUCUGCAAGAAACUGUCAACAAGGUCGAUGAUUUUGAAGCAGAAAAAGCUAAUGUCGGUGAAACAGAAGCUGAGGUGAAUCUUCAUGAUAUUGUUGUUGAACAAAAGAUGGAGAAAAAAGAAGUCGAGGAAAUCGGUAAAGAAUUAAAGGCUGACAAUGAAACCAAAGUGCAAUCUGAAGAGAUUAACGUUGAAGAGAGUCAAAUGAAAGGACUUGGGGAAGAGGAAAAGGAGGUGAAACUAGAUGAUGAUGAUGAUGAUUGGGAGGGGAUAGAGAGGAGUGAAUUGGAGAAGGUUUUUGGAGCUGCUGCCAAGUUUGUUGAGCAUAAAGGAGAUUUGGCAGGUGUGGGGACUGAUGAUCAGAUGGAACUGUACGGACUCCACAAGAUUGCUACUGAAGGGCCUUGUCGCGAGUCUCAGCCAAUGGCUUUCAUGGUCUCUGCUCGCUCCAAAUGGAAUGCUUGGCAAAGGCUGGGGAACAUGAAUCCGGAGGUGGCUAUGGAGCAGUAUGUUGCCCUUCUUUCAGACAGAGUUCCAGGAUGGAUGGAAGACAAUUCUGAUGGAAAGCAUAAAUUUGAAUCUGCGGAGCCAGCGGUUCCUGGUGGCAUAGCACCCGAUAUAAGUUCAUUUCCAGAUCAGCAGACCAAUUUUACUCAAGAAAGGAAUGAAGUAUUGAAGUUUGCUACAGGAGGAGGUGACAUAACUGAGAGCACAAGCACUGAGAAGCAGGCCAAAGACUGAUUAGCAUUGCCCUGACUUCAUCCCCCCAACCACAGGGGCCAUUCUCCUGGGUUUUGCUUGGUCAGAAACAAGACUACUUUCACCACCAAGUAUAGAUAUGUGCCUGGAUUGAAGUAAUCUAUCGUGCUGUUUAUCUACUGUCCAGUUCGUAAAUGAUGUUGUGUGGCUAAAAUAGCAACUGUUAAUUAUUGUAUAGCAUGCAUGUACAUAAUAUGUGAAGCAUCCAUGUUUCUAACAGCUCAAUGGAUGGCUGGUUGUGACUACUCAAGUAAAAUAUUAAUGUAUGCAUUUACCUAAUUGUUCCUGGUUUAAUGCUGCCUCUUUUCUGUGGCUGACAUAC